UGCCCCAGGGACAGAUGUCUUCAGCUCUUUUAAAAUUUGGGAUGUCGCUAAUGCCGAAGUUAAAUUAAAUACCGCAAGUGGGUGGUGGAGAAUUUAGCGCGAGCACUGGAAGCAUGGAAGCAGCAAAACUCCCACUCCCUGGGGUAACUGAGAAACACCAUUAAACAGAAGCAAUUGGAUUUUUAAAUAGCCAGAGCAAGGCAGUGCCUGGAAGAAGCAAGCUGCCAAAGGGUCGGAAGUGUGAACUCAGUGAAAAAUCCGGCAGCAGUUACUUGGAUAUUGGAGAGCUGAAACAAACCUGGCAUUACUACAUUUCACUGAUUUUUCUCCUGAUACUAUCUAAUCUGGAUCAGGGACCCAACCCAGCAGGAGACACUACGUCACUUCCCAGGUGUGAUUAUACUGCCUCCCUCCAGCAUCCAGUUUGGCCAUGAAGACGAAGGAUGAGACUAGUGACACAGACAGUGGAAUCAUAGUGCAGUCAGGACCAGACAGCCCCAUGUCUCCAAUGAAGGACCUAACCCAGGCGAUGAGGAAACAACAGAAGGCGCUGGAAGAGCGACUAGAAGCCUGUGUACAGGAGCUCAGAAGGCUGUGUGUGCGCGAAGCGGAACUGACAGGAAUGCUUCCCUCAGAGUAUCCCCUGAAACUGGGAGAGAAGCCUCCAAAAGUCCGCCGUCGAAUUGGUGCUGCUUUCAGACUGGAUGAGAAGGCCAUUCUCUCACGAGGAGCGGAUCCUCUGAGCACAUUGGAGAGAGAUCUGGCUCUGCAGCUACAGAUUGCUGAGGCUGCACGGUGUCUCUCCCGGGAAGAGAAUCUCACCAAGCAAGUUCGGAAGCGCCGGAAAAGUGCUGUCCUGAUGGAGGAAAAGAAGCUGAAGGAGUUGGAGCAAGCCCUCACUGAGUGCCGCCUGGCAGUCAGACACUCUUCGCCACUGAGGGCCAGCGCUCCAGCCCUAGAAGGACUCAGUGCUUCUGAGGAAAGCUCCCUGUCAGAUGCUGCCCUGAUAGAAGGAGAACUCCAGGUGCUGGACCCUCAUCUUCCAUCAAAGCUCACCAGUUCAGCUUGGCUCCAACCCUUGCAUGGUUCUUCAGCUCAGCCUUCACAUCCUGAACUGCUGGAAGGACAAACUCUCUACUCAGUCACCGAAAUAGAGUGCUCACCUAUCCAGAACAGCCCCUGGAAGGAGACCAGCUUGGAUAAACCUUACGAGAAGCCCAAGAAAUCCGUUGAGCAUAGCAGCGUGCCAAGCAGCCCAAGCCUGAUGCCCCAACCUGCACCCAGCCCUUCUGCUGAGAGGAAAGUUGAGACAGCUACUUACCACUUUGUUCCUACUCGGAAGCUGGACGUCAGGAGACAGGCAGGUUCCAGUGCACCACCGACACCAGAAUUCCUGGGAAGGAGGAGAGGGCCAUCCCAACUCGUGAGGGUGUGUUCCUCCCGGGAAGUCUUGGAGCCUCGUGGAAGGAGUGCGUUGCCCAGGCGGCGUCCCACCUACUACACGGUCACUGUUCCAGAGUACUGCUUUUCUGCACCUAAGCCUAACCCAGCUAUCCAACCCACCUAUCACUCUGCCUCGGAGGACAGCAAUUCGGAUGUCUCCAGCAUCUCCUAUACAACAUCUGCUGGCAGCAGCAGCCCUGAUAUCUCCUUCCUGAAGCCAGUGGCCUCGACACCCACAGAGGAGGCCUUGCAGCCAUUGCGUUGCCAGAUCCACAAGGGGCAUGAUGCGGAGUAUCACUGUCAGUGUCCCCAGAAGCUGCUGCCCCCUCCAGGCUGCUUCCCUGCCGUGGAGUACGGGUGUGAUAGCCAUCUGCCUGCUGGGAGGGAGCUCUGCCAUGGUCGGCCAUCUUUUCUCUCUGGCAACUCCGCCCACUUUAUCUAUAAGGAAGAGGCAGUGCCAGUGAGGUUCCACAGGCCAAUUAUCUCCCACAGCAGGGUGGUGCGCACCCCCUCCCUGAAGGACUGCCCUCCUAUGGGCCCUCGGGUGCUCUCUAAGUCUGCUGUGACAGAAGAGCUGAAAUCAUGGCACGAACGGACCCGGAUGCGCAAUGCACGGCCACAUUCACUGGACAGGCAAGGGGCUUUUCGCAUGCGCAGUGGGCCAGGCAGAGAGCUGCGUGCUUCAUGUUCCAUGGGACAGCAAACUCAGAUGCCGCGUGUCCAUAUCCUGAAACGCUCUCCUGAGGGAGCUCCUGUACAGGUCUACGUGCCAGAGAAUGGGGAAAUCAUCACUCAGGUCUGAAGGGUCACAGCAUCUGUCCACCCUGCAAAAUCUGGCAUGGUGAUCGUGGUGACUAACCAGUUCCAAGAUGCCAGUCCUUUGCCUGUUCUUCAGACUGUGGUUCCUGCUAUUUGAAAAAAGACAUUUAAGGUCUGUUCUGAAAGUUGCAUGUGGUGAUUGCUCAAACUUUCUCUUUGUUCCUGUGGUGAACCAAUGUAGAAGACUUAUGACAGACAGCUGGAUUUCUUUUGCUAUGGGCUUUGUGGAGUCCAGACUCCAGAAGACAGCCUGGUCUAGUGUGCGCUUGCCUAUGGUGGAACCAUCUUGAGACUGGGAGUACUUUGUAGCUUAUAAAAGCAAAUUUUGCCUCGAGACCUUUUUAUGGCUUCUAGAAAUGGAGCUAAUGCUGACCAGCUGAACUCUUUCUUCCUUGUGGAAUGUGUGCCCAUCUGUGCCUUCACGACUGCUGGAUUUUGGAGCCCCUGCUCUCUUCCCUCUUCUAAUAUAAAGUUGUGCGAAGCAGCAAACAGAUCAGGCAAGACCAAAGUGACAGGCAAGUCUCCCUGAUCGGAGUUGAAUUAUAUACCACUACCCUAUCAUGCAAGAAGCUGGUGUAAUUAAAAACUCUUGUCAUCUCUUCGGUUCUGUACCUGAAUCACAGAUUCCUUAUUUUCAGUUUUAAUGGAAAAUUGUACUAGAAAACUGGCCCCAUUUCAUGGGCAAAAUAUAACACGCUGCUCUA